CUUUAUAUGUUUCUAAAGUUUCCUCUCCUCUAUUCAUUUCUAAGUUCCAUUCUUCUCCCAUUAAUCUCUCCACCAUGACGGUUAAGAAAGUUGAGAUGAAAGUGGACAUCAACUGUGGGAAAUGCAAAAACCAAAUCAUGCAGGCUGUCACAGAGCUAGAAGGUGUGAAUCAGGUUGUACUGGAUGAAGAGAAGAGCUUGCUUACUGUGGUCGGUACCAUGGAUCCCAUCUGCAUUGCAGAACAGCUUAGGAAGAUCAAACAGAAACCAGUAGUAGUCAACAUUGGACCACCAAAAUCUCCAGAGGCCAAAAAAGAAGAAAAGAAACCAGAGUGUUGCAAGCCUUGCCUUCCGUACUACAACAAUACAUGUGACCUUCCAUACUACUACAAUACCCGUGACAUGGUAUCAGUUAGUACCUAUGAUAACGGAAGCGGCUGCACCAUUGUUUGAAAUCCUCUUUUUUUCUCAUCUCUUAGCCCUUUUAUGUAAGAAUCCUGCUCUUUGUGGUGUCAAUACAAAAUAUCUUGAUAUUAUCAUGUUUCAUUAAAAUAAGUUUCUCUUACUGUGAUGAAUCUUUGUUA